ACAUCAGUAAAACCACGGACCCACUCGUCUUCGGAAGUUACGAUCCAGUGCAGCGCUUCCACGGCAUGAUCGUAGGCCCAGGCAGCCGAUUUUCACUGUAGUCGACUGGUACGAGUACGACCAUUACGCUCGUUUGGAUCGCAAUUUCAGUACAGAAAUCGUGGGAAAACCACUCGUGGGAUGCGUCGCACAUGAUGAAACCCCCCCGCCGUGGAAGUAAGCUGUGGGGGGGGGGGGGAGCUUUUUUCUGUUUGUGGCGGUCGUGGUGCCGUGGUGGUGGAGGAGGAAGAAUUAUCUAGUGCUUCGCGAGGCAGGAAUAUGCGUACGGAGGUGUUGAGGACGAAAAUGGGAGUAGUACGAUUUUUUACUCUGUGGAGUAACAAAGGAAAGGAAAAGUCUCAUGGGUUCGUACGGAAGGCUCGCAGCUAGGGCGCUAGACACCGAUGUUCCAGUCAUGGUUAAGUUAGCAGAGUUGAGUAAGAGUGCUAAGGAUGCAGUGCCUCUGGGCCAGGGGGCAGUUUAUUGGCAACCACCUGAGCAAGCUCUUGAUAGGGUCAAACACGUAGCAUUGGAAAUUUCAACUAGUCGAUAUGGAACUCAUGAAGGUCUUCCUGAACUCAGAGAGGCUUUACUACAUAAGCUGAGCCAGGAGAAUAAGCUAUCAAAAUCCUCUGUCAUGGUUACAGCUGGUUCAAACCAGGGAUUUCUAAAUCUUGUGCUUUCACUAUGCGACGUUGCAGACUCUGUUGUACUGUUUGCACCAUACUUCUUCAAUGCAUAUAUGUCCUUCAAGAUGACAGGCAUCAAUAACAUACUGGUGGGUCCCAGUGAUCCCAUGACACUUCUCCCUGAUGCAGAACUAAAAGAAGUGGAUAGGAUACUAAAAAGCUUUUUGGCACAGAGAACAUUUAUUGUCUUUUCAGAAUGGUUAGAGAACACUCUUUCAGACACUAAACCAGUGCCAAAGCUUGUUUCUAUUGUAAAUCCAGGAAAUCCAUCAGGGAUCUGCAUUCCAGAGCCUCUGCUCAAGAGAAUUUCAGAAAUCUGCAGAAGGGCUGGCUCUUGGCUUCUUGUAGAUAAUGCAUACGAGUACUUUGUAUACGAUGGUUGUGAGCAUUCAUGCGUGGAGGGGAGUCAUGUUGUUAAUCUUUUUUCUUUCUCGAAAGCAUACGGAAUGAUGGGAUGGCGAGUUGGAUAUAUAGCUUAUUCAUUGGAGGCAGAUGGUCUUCUCACACAGCUUCUGAAGGUUCAAGACAAUGUCGCUAUCUGCACGUCCAUGAUUUCACAGCAUGUGGCUCUCUACUGCUUAGAAUCCGGGCGCGAGUGGGUUCAAUCAAAAGUCAAAAGCCUUGAAAGAAACAAAGAACUCCUCAGAGAUGCUCUGUCGCCUCUAGGGGAGGAAGCGGUUAAAGGCGGGGAAGGUGCAAUUUACUUAUGGGCAAAACUGCCCGAAACCUGCCUGGAUGACAUUGAAGUCGUUUGCUGGUUUGCUAGGAGACAUGGCCUGCUGCUGCUUCCGGGGUCGGCAUGCGGCACGAGUGGGUAUGUCAGGAUCACAUUUGGAAUGUUGAGAGAAGAAGAAUGCGAAGUAGCUGCAAAGAGACUGAGGAAUGGGGUGGAAGAACUCAUUCGAGAUGGCACGGUAGAGUAAUUGCGAUAUAUCACCCUAUGAGUGUAAGGCAGUACUCCGAUCUUGGAUCGGAGUCUUAUUUCAUUUCUAGUGUUCUACAAUUAGUGGGUCUAUAAAUGAACCAACAUCUCUGGUCAUAUUGCACAACAAAAGUGUUGAGAUUGUUUUUCUGUAGCUCAAGGUAUCGGCCUAUGAUGAGAAUAUGUUUAACACCCAUACAAACAAACAAUGGGUUAAGUAUGGUAACAUUUAGCAACACCUACUGGAAGGUAAAUCCUUGUCUCUAA